GCCGGGCCGGACACCCCGCGGGAGCCGCCGGGCGAGCGGAGCGGGCGGUGGUGAAAAAGAAAAUACCAAGAUGAGUAAAAAGCCUCCAAAUCGUCCUGGAAUCACAUUUGAGAUUGGUGCUCGUUUGGAAGCACUGGACUAUUUACAGAAAUGGUAUCCAUCUCGUAUUGAGAAGAUUGAUUAUGAAGAGGGGAAGAUGUUGGUCCAUUUUGAACGCUGGAGUCAUCGCUACGAUGAGUGGAUUUACUGGGACAGCAAUAGAUUGCGACCCUUGGAGCGACCAGCAUUAAGGAAAGAGGGCCUAAAAGAUGAUGAAGAAUUUGUUGAUUUUAAACCUGGAGAGGAAGUCCUAGCUCGUUGGACAGACUGUCGAUAUUACCCUGCAAAGAUCGAAGCCAUUAAUAAAGAAGGAACGUUCACAGUACAGUUCUAUGAUGGUGUCAUUCGAUGUCUUAAAAGGAUGCAUAUCAAAUCUAUGCCAGAGGAUGCAAAAGGGCAGGCGCGCGAGAGGGAGCAGAUAGCGCCGGAGCUGAGAUUAGUGACGGAAAUCGAACCAAAAGAAGAUUGGAUAGCUUUGGUCAAAGCUGCUGCAGCAGCAGCAGCCAAGAACAAAGCAGGAAGUAAACCCAGAACCAGCGCAAACAGCAAUAAGGAUAAAGAGGACAGAAAAUGGCUAAAAGUCCCUUCAAAAAAGGAAGAAACCUCAACCUCUACAAUCAUGCAGGAUGUCCAGAAAAAGGAAGAGGAGCCUACAUCUAGUGAAACAUUUGAUGUAGGGUUUCCUGUAGUGGAUGUUCCAAAGAUGGCCUUUGUGCAGGCAGAGAGCACGUUAUCGCACAAGAGGAAAAGUAAUCUAGGCAACUCAUUUCAGGCCAAGAGAGCUCGUCUUAACAAGAUCACUGGUUUAUUGGCAUCCAAAGCUGUUGUUGCGGAUGGUGCUGAAAAAAAGGAAGGCAACAAAGAAACAGCUCCAGUCCUGGAGCAGGAGAUUUCACCUAAACCACAAAGUCAGAAAAAAAAUGAAGCUGAUAUUAGCAGUUCUGCCAACAUUCAGAAACCUGCACUGUUAUCCUCAACUUUGUCUUCAGGAAAGGCUCGCAGCAAGAAAUGCAAACAAGAAUCUGGAGAUUCUUCUGGGUGUAUAAAGCCCCCUAAAUCACCACUUUCCCCAGAAUUAAUACAAGUCGAGGAUUUGACGCUGGUCUCUCAGCUUCCUUCUUCUGUGAUUAAUAAAACUAGUCCAUCACAGCCAGUGAAUUCCCCUAGAUCCUACAAACAUAGCCAGCGGAGAAGAAGAUCACAGCGUUUAGCCACUUGCUCCUUGCCUGAUGAUUCUGUAGAAAAAGUUUCUUCUCCCUCUUCAGUUACUGAUGGAAAAGUGUUCUCCAUCAGUGGUCAAAACCAACAGUCAUCAAAAUUGGAGGUACCUGAUGUUGCUCAUAUGUCACUUGAGAAGCGUGGAACGUGUCUCCCUCUUGAUUUAAGCCGUAGUUCGGAAGUUACAACGCCAUUAUCCACAGAAUCCACUUUCUGUAAUGAAUAUCCCAGUAAAGACAAGGAAGAUAUUCAGAUGGUUACAUAUCUUUCUUCUAAAGCAGUAAUUGAUGGAAGAGUAGCUACAACAGCGUCAGGUGCAGCGAAAGUGGAAAGAAAAGGAAAACUGGAAGAGAAAAGUUCUUCAGCGUAUGGUAAAAAGAGAGAAAAAGAAAAGGAGAAAAAAGAGAAAAAGGAAAAAGAUCAUAAACCAAAACAGAAAAAGAAGAAGAAAAAAAAGAAGAAAUCUAAACAGCAUGAUUAUUCAGAUUAUGAAGACAGUUCUGUUGAAUUCUUGGACAGGUGCUCCUCUCCCUUAACCCGGUCGUCGGGCAGCUCCCUGACUUUGCGCAGCAUGUUCUCGGAGAAGAACACAACCUACCAGUAUCCAAGAGCUAUUUUGUCUGUUGACCUUAGUGGAGAAAACCUUUCAGAUGUGGAGUUCUUGGAUGAUUCUUCCACAGAGAGUUUGUUACUUAGUGGUGAUGAAUACAAUCAGGAUUUUGAUUCAACUAACUUUGAAGAGUCUCAGGAUGAAGAUGAUGCUCUCAAUGAAAUUGUUAGAUGCAUUUGUGAACUGGAUGAAGAAAAUGGCUUUAUGAUUCAGUGUGAAGAGUGCUUGUGUUGGCAGCACAGUGUAUGCAUGGGACUGUUGGAGGACAGCAUUCCAGAUCAGUACAUCUGUUACAUCUGCAGAGAUCCACCAGGAGAAAAAAGUCAUUCUCAAUGUCAGUAUUUUAAAGUGUAUUGGGAUAAUGGGCAAAAAGGAGAUAGACAGGGUAUUCUCCUGAAAGGACAGCGGUGGAGUGCCAAAUAUCUUUAUGACAAAGACUGGCUAAACAAUGGACACAUGUGUGGAUUAUCAUUUUUGAAAGAAAACUACUCUCAUCUUAAUGCCAAAAAGAUUGUGUCAACACAUCACCUACUGGCAGAUGUUUAUGGUGUCACGGAAAUACUGCAUGGGUUGCAGUUGAAGAUCGGGAUAUUAAAAAAUAAGCAUCACCCAGACCUUCAUCUCUGGGCUUAUUCAGGGAUGCGAAAAGAACAAGAACAAAGAACUGUUGGGGUAGAGAAAAAAUUAGUAACUUUACAGGAUGCUGUUAAUCCAGCUGAAAGGACGUGUCAUAGUCAAAACCAUAAAGAACCACCCAGUAUACCCCCGAAGAUGGAAGAAACAUACAUCACAAGUGAGCACAGUUACCAAAAACCACAGAGUUUUAGUCAAGACUACAAAGCAGUCACUGACCCUAUGAGCUCAGAUGAUGAAGACACAAGUAGUUUUGAGGAAGAUCAGGAAUUUCACACAGAGAAUAAAAACUGUUUACAAUAUUCUUUUAAAGAUGGUGGCAUGAGUGAGCAGAAGAAUUCUGCUGAAGGAAACACAGUGUUUGUUUGUAAUGAAAGGAAAGGCUCAGAAGAACAAGUGGACACACAUCUUCAAUGGCAGCUAAAUCUCCUUACCCACAUAGAGAAUGUACAGAACGAAGUCACCAGCAGAAUGGACCUGAUUGAAAAAGAAGUUGAUGUUUUAGAAAGCUGGCUUGAUUUCACUGGAGAACUGGAACCACCAGAUCCUCUGGCAAGAUUGCCUCAGCUCAAGCGACGUAUCAAACAGCUCUUAAUUGACAUGGGGAAAGUACAGCAAAUAGCAACACUUUGCUCUGUAUGACAAAAGGAAGAAUAAAGAAAUAAAAAUAGGUUCUUUACAGUGAAUUUUCUUACUAGCCACAAGACUGACAGGAAGACAGCAAAAAGCUGAACAUUUGUCUGGUUCUUUGCUGAUUACGUUAAUAGUCUGAAGAUUUAGAAAGAGGAGAGGAAGUUUAGAGUCAGGGAUCUGUUAUACUGAAAAUAUUAAAAUUUUCAAUGGUGUGUGAUAUACUGAGAAAUGUCAAUGUCUCAGGAUUUCAACAUGUUAAACAAGUAAAUCCCCAUAUACAAGCAAGUUGAACAAAGAAAAACUCUGCAAAGAGCUACUAUUUUUAAACCUUGGGCAAACAUUUCUAAAUUAGCAGAAUUCAGCUGACUAAAAAUUCAAUCCUCUUAUCUUACUAGUGAAAGAUAGACACAGAGAGAUCUGUAUUCUCUCUACAAGGAAAGUUUUUAGAUUAUUUUCUUCUCUCAUGAGGUUCAGGAAGAUGAACAUACUAGCUUUGAUUUUUGAAAGAAAUUACUUAUCAUGGUUUCCUUUUGAAAAUAUUUUUUUACAUAGAAAUCCCUAGAACAGCACCCCUAGGCUCCUUUAAAACAUAAGUGGCAAAUACUGGUCAGAUGUGCCAAAUGAUGUUAAAACCACUGGAAUGAGAGUUGGAUUAUGACUUAUGUGAAGGUUUUUUUCCAAAGUCCUACUUGGUGCCAGCAAUCCAUCCAAAAUUGUAUCUAGUUUAAAUUUUUUUAUGUUCUACUGCAGUAUUCAGGAGUCAAGGUACAGAUUUUGUCCUGGGUAGCUCUAUUCUGGUAUUGGCCCUCUGAAAACUUCACCAUCCUCAGCUGGGAUGAGGAAUGAGGAGAGCAGCAAAACUGUCUGUGGCUGUGAAAAUUCUAAACCACUGGAGAAAAUAUCACAAGAUACCUUAUCCAAGAUGGUUUUUUUAUAAAAUCUUUCAGCUUCAGUAAAUGAAAUGUCAUGAAACCAAAGGCAGCCUACUUGCUCUGUUAGCUCUUGCUGGAUUUUGAGCCCGGGACUUUUCCUGUGGUUAUAAGUUGCCGCUGUAUCCAGUGCUACUUACAUGUCUGUAUGUGUAUGUAUGUGUGGACAGACACACAUGUACAUAUAUACAUACUAUAUACAUUUCUAUCUACACAUGUCUAGUUUUAGUACAAUAGACUAUAAGAACUGGUGGUUCAUGUUACCUUUUAACAAGCAGUUUCUAAAAUUGAAAAUAAUGUAUGUACAGGUUUUGAAAUUUGUAAAAUAUGACUGUUAAAAGGAGGCUAUUUAACUGAGGACAUUAAGAUACUUGAACAUUUUAUGCCUCACAUCUGUUUAUCAGUUCUAGUUAUCUGUAUAAAUGCAUUUUAGAACCGAUAGACAGUAAACUUGAAUUUACCUUUUGAUAAGAGUACAAGCCACUGUACAUUCAAAAAUUUAUUUAAAUUUGCAAACACACUGUUCUAUAUGUAAGGUACUGUAUGUAAAACUGUUUAUUAAACCUAUUCUGCAUACUCUACAUUUUCCACUUUUCUUCCUGAUCUACAGAUAAAUGUAAAAAAGAAGUGAUUGUUAUUAUGUACAGACCAUCAAAAAAUCUUGGAAUGCCUUUUAAGGAUACAUACAAUUGAAAAAUGUGCCAAAGAUGGAUUAUCUGGGAAAGACUUUGCAACCAUUGCAUUGAACUUUCAUGAUAAAACCAUUAUUGAGAAAGAAAACAGAGUGAUUGGUUCAUUGCUAAAAUAAACCUAUCCUGACCUUUCCUGUUUGUCUAUCAUAUCUGAAGUGAGUUAUCACUCCUGAUGGCCAAAGCAAAAUGUAACUCUCUAUUACAGAAUGGUUGCUAUUUAAAAAGUCUUCCCACAUCAAGCUUGUAGGAGACAUCACAGGGCUGCGUGGUAACAUGGAAAUAUGGAAUGGUUUGCAACUCCAUAUUGCAGAAGGAACAUAUGAGCUGAGGAGUUGUUGAUGUUUCAUAGCAACUGUUAAUAAAUAAAAUAACUCUGUGUUAUAUAGUUGAUGCUUAAAUAACUGCUUCAAACAAUACGAAGAAUUGAGUGACCUACUUGCUUUUGGAUAUGUGAGACUUUUUAUGUACUAUUCACUUGCUGCAUAUCCCUGAAUGUGGUACUGUGUGUACUGUAUAAGAGAAGUGUAAAUCCAGAUGAGUUACUUUGAAACAAAGUGGAGUAUAUUUACAGAAUUUAUACAGCAUACACUGUAGCACUAUUAUGCAAUGUGUGUGCAUGCAUGUGAUGUAAUAUGAUUGUAAAUGUUACUGAAGGUGGACUUAGUGGAGAGGACAGAGGUUUUACUUUUAGUGCAAAGAUUGAGGAAUAGUAUCCUGAACAGGAAGUACUAAGGUCGAAGUUGAAGUUGCACUUGCAGCUUUAAUGUGUCUUCUGUUUGUAUGUGUAAUGGCCUCUGAAUUUACAUGAAUAUGUAAUUUUAUCCCUCAAGAUCCUGCCUUGUUCAGGAUGGACUGUGCUUACAAAAACAGUCUGUUCAGUA